AUGCCGGUCAGAGAGGGAUUUACCACUGAUCAACUUGAAGAACUUGCGAAGUUGGGCUUGCAGAAACACUUGGGUUUAUAUAUUGGUCCUUUCAUUCUAGGUUUCGCAUUGGACUCAAUGUUGUUCGGAUGUCUGGUACAGCAAACAAUAUGGAAUCUGAUAUGGUGUCCAAAAGAUAGAUUAUUCAUAAGGAUUAUACUAUUUUCAACAAUCAUUUUAUCGUUCAUAACGACGAUAUUUAUAGAUGUUUUCAUGUUCCACAACUUCGCUAGUGGAUUUGGGAAUUGGUAUAGGAUAGUAGAAGUAGAGUAUGUUAUAUGGUUUCCGAUCCUGGAUGCAGCAACUGUUACUCUUGUACAGAUUUUUUACCUAGAGAGAGCGUAUCGUUUGCACGAUAGAGCCAAGUGGGUACCAAUCACUGUUUUACCUUUCAUUCUCACGGCAGUUUCUGGAGCAUUAGGAUCUACCAUCAUGGGUUCUCGAAUUCCUGAUACAUACUCAAUCAAAAUCACUUACCCGCCAUUUUACACUUGGAUCGGAUCUACCUUACUAGUCGAUUUGUAUAUCACAUUCAUCAUCUCUUAUAAACUCAUAAAGUCGAGGACUGGAUGGUCAGAAACCGAUUUGAUGAUCAACAAGUUAAUUGCGGUAUCCGUCGAAACUCAAUUACCAUCUUUGAUAAUAGCUGUAGCAUUUAUGGUUUCUUAUGGUAUCAAACCGGAUUCGGGAGUAAACAUCUUCUUCGAAAUAUUCCACCCCAAGGUGCAUGUUGUCGGUCUAUUAACCGUUCUCAAUUCACGUAAUGACAUGAGGAAUAAGAUGAAAAGUGGGACAAGUAACUUGAUUGAAAAUACGUAUAACAAAAGGAAUAACAACACUGGUCCUAUACCAAGUGGGAUCGGGUAUGAAGCAGGAGCAGGAGCAGGAGCAGGAGCAGGAGCAGGAGCGGAUGCUCAUCAACAUACUGUCAUACUUGACAACGGCGAUAUCGUACCUCGUUUAGGAACGAUUAUGCGUCCUUCAAUGGAUACUGCAAUUGGAUCAUCAUCAUAUUCGUCACCAUAUUACAAAUCCUCUGAAAAAGGUUUCCUUUCGCCUUCGCCCUCACCUUCGCCUUCACCAUCACCGACACCGACACCAACCCCAUCCCCUGAUGAUUCGAUGUACGACAAAGGAUUGAGACCCGACACCACCAAUGGUCCAACGGGAAGUGAGAUUGAUCUGAAAGAUGCUUUGAAUCUCGGGGGAUCUCCAAGAGAAUUUUGA